AUGAGGCCGUUCCGCUCUGAAAGCUGUUACUGCUUCGUCCACCAGAUCCAGUGCAAGAGCAACGACAGUUCCUUUUUAGGCGAUUUGGCUGCGUUUGGUUACGCAACGGGAGCCGUGACGGCACCAACCAUGUCCCAGCCGUUUGCAGCUCAACUUUCAUCGGUCUACCAAAAUGCACCAACGAAUGGUGUUCAAGUUGUUGCUGCAAAAGCUGCUUCUCCAGUCGGUACUGCGCUAUCAUCAGGUACUGCUGGAUUCGGUGGAGGAGGAGCUAUGGAUCCGUAUCAGCAAGCUAUGCAGCACUAUACUCUAAAUGCCUUGGCAUCCCAUAUGAAUGCAAGCGCACAAGUCUCCGUGUCAGGAGCAGGUAGUGGUGAUGUGAAGGGACCCGAAGGAUCCAACCUCUUCAUAUAUCAUUUACCUCAGGAUUUCGGAGACUCUGAUUUACAAACAACCUUUUCACCUUUUGGCACAGUGUUGUCAGCGAAGGUUUUCAUCGAUAAAGUCACGAACCUCUCCAAAUGUUUUGGUUUUGUCUCGUAUGAUAAUGCAGUAUCUGCACAAAAUGCCAUUGCUGCGAUGAACGGGUUCCAAAUUGGAUCGAAGCGAUUGAAAGUGCAACUGAAGAAUGAAAGAAGUCAUCCCUAUCCGAAAGCAGCUGUAUAA